GGUAGGAGUGCAAGAAUGGGUGGAUUGCAUUCACCGCUACGACGAAAAGUCCAAUCUUCCUUCUGAUCUAUAUAUAACUUAUACAUCAUCUUCAUCUUGUAAACAAACAAGUUUCAAACAAGGGGACAACACAGCCCAGCCAAGCCUAGCCGUACCCUCUGCAUCUCCUCCCGAUCUCCUUGUUAUCGUCGCAUCGCACGUACUCACUACUCACCCUGUUCUAGUUAAAUCAAAAUCGGCUUUAAAGGUGUGUUAUAGGAAGCAAAAAUCUCCAGCUUCACAUAUUCUUCUUUCCCCUCAUGGCCCCUGGCCAUAUGAUACCAAUCAUUGACAUGGCUAGGCUAUUCACAACCCAAGGCGUCAAAGCGACCAUAAUCACCACCCCGUUCAACGAGCCUUUAGUCGCAAAAACGAUUGAAAGAACCAAAACUUGCAGCGGCUUCAAUAUUGAUAUCAAAACCAUCAAGUUCCCGGCAGUAGAGGUUGGCCUGCCAGAAGGGUGCGAGAACAUCGACUCCUUGCCUUCCAAUGAAAACUCUGCUAGGGCUAGUUUCAUGACAGCCACGGGGAUGCUCCGACAACCCCUCGAGCAGCUGCUACAAGAUUGCCGACCUCAUUGCGUUGUUGCCGACAUGUUCUUUCCAUGGGCAACCGAUGUUGCCGCUAAAUUUGGCAUCCCAAGGCUUGUUUUUCAUGGAACCAGUUUUUUCUCUUUGUCUACAAUGGUGAGUCUACAAGUGUAUGAACCUCAGAAAAAAGUUUUAUCUGAUUCUGAACCUUUCGUCAUUCCUAAUUUUCCUGACGAGAUAACGUUGACAAGGAUGAAACUGUCCCAGUUAUCUGCUAAGGGAGACAUAUUUACCAAGUUUUUGAAAGAAGCCCAUGAAGCAGAGGUGAGGAGCUAUGGGGUUGUUGUAAACAGCUUCUAUGAGCUCGAACCGGCUUAUGCAAAUCUUUACAUAAAGGUCUUGGGAAGGAAGGCAUGGCAUAUAGGUCCAGUUUCACUAUGCAAGGAGGCUGAAGACAAAGGUCAGAGGGGAAAAGAAUCCUCCAUCGAUACACACGAAUGCUUGAAGUGGCUUAAUACAAAGAACAAUGAUUCAGUUGUUUAUAUAUGCUUCGGAAGUUUGGCCAACUUAACCGAUUCUCAGCUAAUGGAGAUUGCCAUGGGUCUUGAGGCUUCUGAACAACAAUUCAUUUGGGUCGUGAAGAAAGGCAAAGGCAAAAAAGAAGAGGAAGAUUGGAUGCCAAAAGGAUUCGAGAAGAGAAUGGAAGGUAAGGGACUAAUAAUAAGGGGUUGGGCACCCCAAGUUUUGAUUCUGGAUCAUGAAGCGGUAGGAGGAUUUGUGACUCAUUGCGGAUGUAACUCAACGUUAGAAGGAGUGAUUGCUGGGGUGCCUAUGGUCACAUGGCCAAUGUUUGCUGACCAAUUUUACAAUGAGAAGCUAGUGACUGAAGUGUUGAAAAUUGGAGUCCCUGUGGGUGCUCAGCAAUGCGUUAAUAUGAUGGGGAAUGAAGCUUAUAGUAUCAAAAAGGAAGCAAUAGUGAAGGCAGUGAGGCGAAUUAUCAUGGUAAGUGAAGAAGCAAAAGAAAUGAGAAGCAGAGCCAAGGCACUUGGGGAGAUGGCAAGGAGAGCCAUGGAAAAAGGCGGAUCAUCCUAUUCCGAUUUGAAUGCUUUAAUUGAAGAACUGAAGAUCCUCAGCGGUUGAUAUAUGCUAGAAACGUUGGGGGAGGUUUCAUAAUAUAAAUGUUCUGAUAUUGAUGGUCUGUUACAAUGAAGUAAUUGGAUUUGUGCGCAAUUAUAUUAAUAGCCUGGCCUGUAUAAAAGGUUGUUGCUUGAAACAAAAUUCCGCCGAUUGCCUGUGGUAGAUGGUGAUGGGAAGCUGGUAAGAAAAUUAUUUGCUUCUUGUUCUGUUUGAAAUUGCUCACAUUGAAAAAUAUAUAUAUUGAAAGAUAUUUGUAUUGAAGUCUUUCUGAGUUGAAGAGAGUGUGAAGAAGACGCAUAGAAGAGAACCACAAAGACUACCUCUCCUCUUUCUCUCAUUCGCAUCUGAAACCUCAUGCUCUUCUAAUUUUUUUUUUAUUUUUCUCAUCUGAAACGCAGCACCCAUCUAGUAUACCCACAAAAUAAUUUUCCUCAAGUCUUCAAAGCAUUCUUCUAUUUUAUUUAAUUUUUAUUCAUCUCAUCUGAAACGCAGCACCCAUCUCGUAUACUUACGGAACAGUUUUUUGGAAGUUGUCAAAGCUCUCUCUCUCUCAUCUGUGCUUUCUUUUUUGUUGUGUCUAUGAUUUUUAUUUGAAACUUACAUAUUUUCAUUACAAAUCUCAAGACCCAUAUUAUCCUGCACUUUCGUGUUAAUUUGUUUCAGAAAAAUCAAAGCUUUGAUGUAAAUAUGGAAGAAAAAGAAAGUUUCAGUGAGUUGGGUUAAUCACGUUUAUUUUUUUCAUGGCUCACGUGGGUCAACGAGUGCGCAAAAGGUCCGCUAGACGUGUACAUGUAGCAGAAUUGUGAAUCGAAUUGUAUAGCCGACCGAUCAGAGUGGCAAACUUCAGUGGAUCAUUCAUUUUCAAUUCCAUCUGAGCAAGGAUGAGAAGGCUUAUUGUGAAAAAUAUCAUUUUCAUUUACAUCAUGUAUCAUGAAAAGUGGUGUGUAUGUAUUAUUACUCAAAUUUGAUUAGAUACUGAAAAUAUAAUUAUAAAAUAUAUUACGAAAAA